GGGGUGCCCGGGUUGCGGCCUCGGCCUGGGGGGCUCCCCGACUUGUGGAGGCUGGAGCCGGGGGUGGGGGUGUCCUGCUGAGUUUAUUGAUUUAUUGUUGAGAACACCCCUGGCUGGGCUCCUCUGCCUCAGAGGAGCGCGGGCGAGGCCGUGGGGCUGUGGCCGGGUGAGGGUCCUUCCAGCAGGAGGCUGGGACCUGAUCCCCUGGCAGGGCGAGACAGGCGGCAUCAAGCAGAUGGGAAGAUAUUUUUAUAUCUAUAUCUCUAUAUAUGUACAUCAUUGUAGGUUCACCCACAAGGUGAACGAGCUUUACCUUUUUAAGAUUCCCCCAGCACCGUUUCUGUCUAAAUAUUUACCUUCUAAAGCCUUGGACUAACCACCCUGGGGUCUGUGGGCAGAGCUGGACGCUGGGGUGCAAACCCUGCAAGCCAAGUGCCAUCACUGUUUCUGUUCUGUUUCUGUUCUGUCAUUGUGGAGAGAGCUGCAGAUUCCUCCCAGGGUGGUGGAGUUCAUAAAAAAACAGAAUAACAUAUGGGUUCCUCCUUCAAAGGCCUCUCUCUAAAGGGUUUGCAAGGGAUGAGCCCUGCUCAGUGUGUGUACUGGCAAAGAGGGUACAGUAGCCUGUUGUUAUUAUUUUGUCGUUUCUAUUGUAGGGAUAGGAAGGGAAAUAAUGAAUUCUUAUUUGUUUUUUAAGGCUUCAGUCUGUUCUCCCAACAAUGUGGGAGCAUAAUGCCUUAUAUCCUAGCUUGAGGAUUGAGUAACUCUUGAAUUUGUCAAGGAGCUGGAUUGAGUUUUUAAUGUCUGUGAUUUACAGGGGUUGUCUACAAAGGUGUUUGUUCAAGAGUGGAAUGUAAAUGGAGAGGGGUGGGAACUGGGAUAUAGCUCAGUGUUGUAUUUUAGCAGGAUUUUUCUGUUGUCUGGAAAAGGGGAAACCACAGUGUUUGACAGCAUUUCUGUGGGGAUGUUUGUUAUAAGUGGUUCCAGGCAGAUCCUGAAAGCUUGUUGAAUCUGCUGGAAUUCUGCACGGGACAGCUUCAGGAGGGAAAGCUUUGGCACUUGGGAGCCACAGGACACUAGAUAAUAUUUUAGACCACUUGCACACCACUUACAGUGUCCAGGCAACUGGAGUAACCAGAAAAGCUGGAGCGGGGGGGGAAAAAGGCCUUUAAUAUCCUGCAGAUGUGCUGGCUUCUGCUUGUUCCAUGAAUCAGGGUAUUGCAUGAAUGAAAGAGUUAGUAAAGCAAUUGCUUGUUUUUAUUGUCACGUGUGUGGCAGGUGCUUUACAGAUGAGGAAAAAGAGCCCUUGUCUUGGAGAGGUUAAUAUGAGAUAUUAUUGACCCAACCUGCUUUGCUUGCCCAUGGGGCUGCUCAGGUGGCAAGAUCUGGGACAAAUAUUUGCAUGGAAUGCAGGGAAUGUCGGUAGAAGAGGAGCUAAUUAACCUAGCAAUGCAGUGCAGUAUGUUCUCUUGGGUUUUAAUUUGGGCUUGGGUUUUAAUUUGGCAUUUUUACCUUUUUGGUGGUUCUGUGGCUGUGGCUAGAAAUUUGACACUGAUGUCAAUGUAACAUCUGACAUUAACUGCUGGAGUUGAAUGCUUAGGCAGCUGCUGACCAAACAAAUUUGGGUUAUUUUUCAGCCAGAUAAUUUUCCUGAUCUGAUGCUCCACAUGACCACAUAAACAAGUGUGCAAGGGCAGAACAGGGGGGAUCUUGUGGGGAGAGGAGCAAUCGCUGGAGCUGUGAAACCUGGGGGUUUCUGAAAAUACAUCCCAGUGUUGCAUUAAAAAGAAGAUAUUAACAUCACCCUGGCUGUCAGCCAGUUCUUUAAAGGCAAAUCAGAGUUCAAAUCUGAACUUUAUCAUGUCUCUAGUUCUAUCCAUACAUAAAGUUAUGGCUGAUUUGUGCUGUGGGAGCAGCCAGAACAAAUUGCAGCUGAGCAAAUCUAAGUUGAGGUGGCUUGUUACUCAGGGCCGGUCAGUGUGUGCUCAGGUGAGCAGAGCAGGGCUGUGCUGGCAGCUGUGUGCAGAGCCCUGUGAACAGUUCUCACAGUGCAGGGACAGAAUCUGGUAGCAGAAUUGAGCAAAGUGGUGAAUUGGGUGAAGUAGAUUCAUGAGCUGGUUCCUGGGGCCAGGAAACUGAAGAGCAAAAUGGGGACAGGGGCAUGAUUUCAGUUUUCAGCUGUGAUUAUCCGUCGUGCUUAUUGUGUUUUUAUGUGGUGAUCCUCAGGCUGUGCUCUCAGGGCAGAGCAUUGCUCAACUCUCUCCCUGCUGGCCCAGUUUGAUCAGGGGUUUCUCCUCAGAGGCCAUGGAGCUUUCAGCCAACGAGCUCAGCAUCUAUGACAAGCUCUCCGAGACCAUUGAUCUGGUGAGGCAGACUGGCCACCAGUGUGGCAUGUCAGAAAAAGCCAUUGAGAAGUUCAUCAAGCAACUCUUGGAGAGAAACGAGCCCCAGAGGGGCCCUCCACGGUACCCUGUCUUAGUGGCUCUCUACAAGGGACUGCUCACCCUGGGCUUGGUGUUGCUGACUGUUUACUUAGUGAUCCAGCCCUACAACCCGCUGCCACCCGAGGCGCCGCUCUCCAGAGCCCAGGCCUGGGGCUCCCUCGUUGGGCACAUCCGGCUGCUGUCCCUGCCCAUUGCCAAGAAGUACAUGUUGGAGAAAUGCCAGGACUGGUGGGCAGCAGGUUGCAGACAGAACACUUCCGCACUUCCCGCAAACUGCACAGUCUGUUCUGCUGUGAAAAGCCUUCACAUAGUGACAGACUCCAGAGAGCUAUCAGAAAAGCUCCAGAGGCACCAGCCUUUCCUAAUCAAGACAGGGCAGCAUCUCUCCUAUGAAGAACUGAAGCAUUUUCAGUCCCAGGACCCAGAACUGGCAGAGGUUAUAAUAGAAGAAAAUUCAGCUGAAUUAUGGAGCUGCCCAUUUUUCUUUCCCUGGAACAAGUCUGUGAAUAGAUCCCGGAUUCUCCAGGAACUUUUCCCUGCUUCCUCUUUGCUGUCCUUCCCCAAGACAGUGUCCCUGGAGAGCUGCUUCCUCAUCCACCACCCAGAUUUGGGGAAUAAGAGCUACAGCCUGCACAGCCUCUUUGCUGUUGGGAGUGGGCAGCUCACCCUGACUGUUGCACCUCUGGACACGUGCAGAGGACACUGUGAGGUGUUCAAGGUGGAGCUGGAAGCUGGAGAUUUGGGUUAUGCCAGCACAGAUCACUGGACAAUGAGCUUCAUGGCCAGAGGGACAGAGCCAGCGGUGAUUUGUGAUGGAGCUGCCAGCUAAGGAUGCUGGGGUGAGAAAACAGAGCUGUUCCCAGAACAAGACUUUCAGCUUUGAAGCCAAGGCAACGUCUUGAGAGGAGCGAGCCAGGGCAACUGGGGCAGGCAGCUUUGCCACCCUGCAUGUUUACAGUGUUUAAAAAGGACUAUUUUCUUGACCCUUGAGGUAAUCCUUUGCCUUUCCUCAAAUGUAUUUUGGGAGAAGCUCAAGCUAUUUAUGACCCUCCCUGUCCCCUCAGGUAAGCCCUGGGUUUGCAGCAAAGGGGUUUUUUUCCCAGGAGCAGCAGAUGGAUUUCUCAGGAUGAGAUUCACCUUAUGUUCUUUGUGGAUUAUGGCACUUCUGAAACUUCCUGGGGGGUUUGGGAGUGGAUGGGGUGUGUGACAUUUCUGUGUACAUUCCUCCUGAGGAGGAAGCUUUGAGCCUGUGUAGUCAGGCCAGUUCUAUAAAGGGAAUGAAUUGGUGAUGUGUCCCAGCUCCCUCACGUCCGCAGCUGUGUGAGCCCUGCAGAGCUGAUCUUGGCUCCUGCUCCCAGGCUGGGGAGAGCCUUGAGCCUGAGGGCAGAAACUCUCACCCACUUCGUCCUUCUUGUACCAAAAGAAUCCCUUCAAGCCUCUCUGUGUUGUGAUCACCCUUCUGCAGCUCUCUGUCAGCAGUUGUGAGUGAGUCAAAUGGUAAUCAUGCUUUUCUUCACCUCCACUUCCUUUCCUGUAAAAACACCAACAUGUGUUAGUGGUGCUGGAAGUACAGGAGUUCUGGAUGGAGACACACACGUGUUAGUGGUGCUGGCAGUGCAGGAGUUCUGGAUGGAGCUGGGGCUGGGAGAGAGCAGCUCUGUCCAGCUUUCACCUCAGCCACCAAGGGCUGCACAGCCGUUCUCAGCAGCUCCUUGUUUUUGGAAGCACUGCCUACGUUCCCAGCCCACAGUACCUCUGGGAGCACCUGAAACCUCCCUCUUCCCUGGCAUAUUUUUGCAUUGACUCCUUCCAGACCUGGAACUCUGUCUUCAGAAUGGACGUUGGUUUUUCCUGGGUCCUUUCCAAGCUGCCUUUGCGUGUUUCCUGCUGCUGGAGCAGUGCUGUCUCCAGUGCCCUGAGAGAGGCUCGGGUUCGGAGUUUGCAGACUGCGGAUGCUCCGGUCCCUUCCAAGUCUGAUCCUUUGGGUCUGAUCCCACUGCUGAAGAUCAUUUACAGAUGUGUCAGGCUGAACUCAUAGGCCAGGGCUGGAGUUCAGGACAUACUCUCACACUUGUUAAUAUGGAUUUGGGAGGGGUAUUUGGUUGACAGCGGAUUAACUCUGUUCUCAGGAGCAAGAGCCUUUUUCUCUGUAAAUAUUUUAGGUACAUGUAAAAUGACAGAUUGGGAAAAUGUCUGUCCAGCCUUUGUUUUUGAGGAGAAUGGGAGCAAGCAUUGUGCUAAUCUGAUUAGGAGCUGACAAAAGCUGCCAAGUGGGAUGACCAUGUCUGGCUCCUGUACAAGAAUAAGGCAGAGGACAGUUCCUGCUCCAAAGAAUUUAGUCUGAGGCCUUGACAGUACAAACAUUUCUAUGCAUAACCCUUAUUUUUCUCCUGUCAAAACAAUGAGAACAAGCCCAGCACCUAUGUCAGUCUGUGCAUGGCCCUUGGUGCUGGACACACACCAGAUCUAGCAGAACCAAAAGGGGAGAGUCUGGCUCUGUCAGGAUAGAAAAGCACUAAUAUAAUUUGUUACCAAGUAUUAAAGGGAAUUGGACUAAUGUAACUUCCAUUAGUAUUCUCACUGCUUGGAGUCUAUUUCACACUCAUGACACUACAUUCAGUUUUGUACAUGCCAAGACACACACAUACACCCACACCACCCCUCUCCCUCUUAAAGCUUGGGUCUUAGUUAAUGGAAAUUUGGGAGUUCAGUGAUGGCAGAAUUAGGGCCUCAUUAGUGACUGUUGCUAUUUACACCUUGGCAGCUUCUCAAAUCAAAUUCAAAGGCUGACCAGGUUACUUCACCUCUUACUGGUUUUGUAUUUGACCCAUUUUUGUAAAGCAUUUGCUCAAAGAUGCUGCUGGAGCCAUUCUUGCUGAGAUUGUGGUGGUUCAGUGACACUGUCACUGCUAAGUGUCCUUGACUGUAACUUGUAAAAGAGCUGCGGGGACAAUUCCCAAAUGUCUGUGAAAUGUUUGGAUUUUGAGAGUCACACUUAAGCCAUUGUGGCUGUCUGGCUCUUUUGGGAAGAAGCAAAGAAAAUGGAUCUAUUUACAGUUGCUGUUUGGACUUGGGGGAGGAAGGGGCAGGUUUGUGCCUGUUUAGCAGAAAUGUUCUCACGUAGUGCUUCUCCUUCCCUCAAAGAGUUGCAGCUGGUUGGACAGGAGCUGGUGAGUCUGGCCUGUUUGCAGAGCAACCUUCCAAGUGCACUUUAUGGGCUCUGCAUAAGUUUCCAGCUCUGUCUCAACGAUACAUUGCAUAUGUCCCAGCCUCGCUCCCUUCGGAGCUUACAUCAUUUGUUUUUAAGCUCUCCGGUAUAUUUUCUCUUCCUCUUCCAAAAGCUGUAAGGAAUUAGCUGCUAAACUAAAACAGGAGGGCAGUUCUCCUGCUGAUAAAGAGUCGAUUUUGGCCAAAGUGCAGAACCCCAGUCUGCAGCACGGCUUCCAGAGCAGCUCCUGUCUCCAGCUGCCAGAGGAGUGGUGCUCACACCUUCCACAUCCCAGGGCAGGCAAGCAGCCACGGUGGGAAACCCAGAGGUGAGGCCACAAUGGCAGAACUGGGAUGGCCAAAGGGAGGUUUUGAUACCUUUAUUGCAAUCAAGCCCUGGUCGUCUUCCACAUCCAGAGCUCCAGCUUCACAGAGUCCCUGGAAAAGCUGCAGACUUCCCUAGAGAGGCUGGUGGUCCUGGUGGCCUGCUGAGGUGGAACUGGGGGGAACAGGGCUGUUCCUGCAGCUAUUGAGGUUUCACAGCCAUGAUCACAUAACUCACAGAGGGCGUGUCCCACCAUGGUCUCCCUCACCUCAACUCCCCUUUUGCACUCUCUGUGCUGGUUUGGACAAUCUCCCAUUCUCCCUCUCCCCAGCUCACACAAGUUCCCAGUUAACACAUUUAAAAAUCCCUUUGUGUGCUUCAGAACUUAUUGCCUGUGAGCUGGGAGAUGGAUUCCUCCUCACCCCACAUUCCAAAGGCUGCAAAGCUGCUCUGAAAUCACACCAGAAAUCGGUACUACCCACGAGCCCAGUGGGCAGAGGUGAGGAGGGGUCACCUCUGCACUUGCCAGGCUGGAAGGACGGGCUGUGCCCAUCAGCUGGGCAGGAGGAUCGUGGUUUAAAGCUGCUCCCCAAAGCAGGGGUCACUGACCGGUGCUGUCAGUCAGUCCUGAACUCAGGGUAACUGAAAGGAGGAGAAAGGAUUAUUAUGAUUUACUUCAGUACCAGGAAAUCAGCGGCCCCCACGGGAGCCAACCUGGCAGUUUCUAUUGAUUCUUUGUUUUGCUUUCUUUGUUCUGUUUCAUUUUUUUUCCCUGCCCACUGUUACUGCACACAUUGAUUCCCCUGAGGGGUCUCUUUGCAAGGCCCUGGAGAGCUUUGAGUCAGAUUUCCCAGGAGUCUCCAGAUUGCAGUUUCUCCCACCAGGCCUGUUUUUGCAAUGUUCUGGAGGAGAAGCUGGUUUUUCUGGGCUCCCUCCCCUCACAGCUUCCUGGGCUGCAGCAGGAGGAGGUGGGGAGCAGGAGAGCAUCUCAUGGUAGAGAUGCUAUAUGUGAGCUACAUAAACAGCAGUGUCUCAGAAAAGGGAUCCUUCUGCCUUGAAACCCUCUGGUUCCCUCCCUCCAGGAGGGAAAUUUCCACACACCCCAAUCCCAGGUCCUUGUUCAGCCCCAUGGCCCCCAAGAGAAUUGAACACUUCCUGGGGUGAGGCCAUUUCAGUGGGUGCACAAAGAGCUUUGGCUUCCUGCAAACCAAACUUCCUCUUGGUAAAUUUUAUGGACAGAACUCGAUAUCCUGUUCAGGAACCUUCUCCUUGUAAAGGGCAGAGAUUGACAAAGGAGAUGCUGGACUUCCCUUUGCUUUGGAGAUUCAAACAAAUGACAGGUGAUUUAUUUUUAGCAUUAUCUCCUUGUCCUGGGGAGGGGAGUCACAUUCGGAAUGCUCAGAGGUGCUGGGAAGUAAAGCUAUAUAUGCAUAAAGACUGUUUUAAUGCUGAACACUAAACUUAGUGAUGGAUUUAAAAAAGAAUGUGAAUAUGCACUUAAUGCAGAAUUUUAUGGAUGGUCCUAAUUUAAUAUAUUGCAAAUUUUGUAAAUAAUUGGGAAAAGCCUGUAAAGUAUGUAAAUAAAUGAAAUUUGUAUGUAAGAAGAAUAAAAAAGUUUUUAAUUUUUGCAAUUAAAUACAAGUGUUAAUGACCC